UUAUUUUUACGUCUGUCAGAGGGUAUCCCCCCUCUCUUCUUCACCGUCCAGUUCACGAGGUCCAAUUUUGUGAGCUAUGUGAGGCACUCCUCUGCCUGUAAAGGGGAUACGCGUUACUGACGGCGCCGGGGAAUUGACGAAUAAUGUACCCGCACCCUCUGCGAGUAACUGCGCUUCCUGGUGAGGAAAUUAGAGAGUCGCGGUAACGCUAAUAAAGAUAGGAAGAAGACGAAAGGACCAGACGGUUCGUUUCUGGAGAGCGCAGCAAUGGCCACGAUCGAAGGGGCCAGUACGGUUGAGGAACUGAGGACAGAGGUCGAGAGACUAUCCCGGGAACUUGAUCUCACUUCCAGGGAGAAGAUACAGUCGGCACAGUAUGGACUUGCUUUGCUCGAGGAAAAGUCUACCCUUCAGCAACGAUGCAACGACUUGGAGCGCCUCUACGAGAACACGAAACAUGAGCUGGACAUCACUCAGAAGGCACUCGCUAAGUUUCAAACGACCACAAAGCUCACUACGAAGAGUGGCAUCGAGCAGGAAGAAAGCCUACUUAAUGAAAGUGCUGCACGUGAGACUUCACUUCAGUUCCAGAUAGUAGAAUUAGAAAAUGAGACUAAGCAGCUGCGACACGAAUUGGAGCGUGUUCAGGCAGAACGGGACCAUGCAAUGCAAGAGCGGGAUGAAAUCAUUAAGGACCAUCGGCAGGCAGAAGCCGAACGUAAAACGCUACGCACAGAAUUACGCGAGUGCAAGUUUCGUGAAACAAGACUACUACAGGAUUACUCUGAACUGGAGGAUGAGAAUAUAUCCCUGCAAAAGCAGGUGUCAGUAUUGCGUUCGAGUCAGGUGGAGCUCGAAGGUGACAAACAUGAGAUUCGAAGGUUGACAGAGGAAGUGGGUGUUCUGAAUGUCCAAGUAGACGAAUUAACAAAUUUGAAGAAAAUCGCCGAGAAGCAGAUGGAAGAAGCCCUGGAAUCUCUUCAGGCUGAGCGCGAAGCCAAAUACGCUUUAAGAAAGGAACUAGAUCAGCGAAUCAACAGUGAAUCUAUCUACAACUUAGCUCUAUCGAUUCGCGGCAUCACCGAGGACCAAGCAAUGUGUAGCGACGGAGAAGACGACUCUCCAGCAUUGAGAAGAAUUGAGGCAGAUCUGAAGACCCAAGAACCUGGCACAUCCGCAGCUGGCAAACAAGUGGACCUCUUCUCCGAAAUUCAUCUAAAUGAACUAAAGAAACUGGAGAAGCAGCUGGAACUAGCUGAAAGUGAGAAAGCUCUCCUUACGCAGAACCUGAGGGAGUCUCAGUACGCUGUAGAAAAGAGUCAGGGCGAGUUGCAAUCCUUCAUGGCCAGGAUAGUUCAGUUGGCAGCUCAUGUACAGUCACUCCAUCACUUACAUUUAAAGCUUCCAGAGAAGCAGAGCGAGGAAAUAGCUCUAGACAAGCUCACGCAGGCUGUCGUACAAUAUCACCAAUGGAGUACGAUGUCAGCACGGGAAAUAGAACAGUUGCAAAAGGAUUUGUCAGAGCUAGAAAAGGGUCUCACAGUGUCCGAUUCCACACAACAACUUAGAACGGAAUUAACGAACCUGAGAAACAAGAUGCCAGUCACCGAGAAGAGCCUUCGAGAAAAGCUACUGGAUACUGAACAGCGUAGCAUGGAGUUGGAAUCUGAUGUGAAGAUUUUGUCGAAGAUAGCUGCAGAGGCUGGCAGCUCCCUAGACUCCUCGCAGAAUGACCUACUCACCAUCUCCGAUGAAUUAGCACAGCUUUAUCACCAUGUCUGUACUGUAAAUGGUGAAACACCGUCCAGAGUGGUUCUUGACCAUGAGAAGAUUGUACCAGAUAAAGAGGAAGAGAAUGGUAAGAUUGAGCUGUUUAGAACCAUCUUCAAGAGUGACAUUCAGAUCAAGGAUCUGGAGAGUCUCAGCAAGGCUAAAGAAAUCAGUAAGCACAUUGAGACGGCAAUGGAUCAGAUAAAACAUCUUAGAAGUGCUGUUGAGCAUACUAUUGAGUUCUCCAAGAUCAAGGGGAUGCAAAAUAAUGUCAGCGAGGCAUCGGCCAACCAAAACAAGGCUGAGGUUGCUGAUCUUCAGGAUCAAGUGAUCAAACUGAAGGCUCUACUUUCUGCGAAGAGGGAACAGGUCGCCACACUUAGAACAGUAUUGAAGUCUAAUAAGAAUACUGCGGAGGUGGCUCUGAAUAAUUUGAAGAGCAAAUACGAGAACGAGAAGAGUAUCGUGAGCGAGACGAUGCUGAAGCUUAGGAACGAGUUGAGAAUGCUCAAGGAGAAUGCUGCAACGUUUUCAAGUCUACGGGCAAUGUUCGCUGCCCGUUGCGAGGAGUACGUCACCCAAGUGGAUGAGCUUCAGCGUCAGCUGGCUGUCGCCGAGGAUGACAGGAAGACUCUUAAUCAACUUCUACGUCUGGCGGUCCAGCAGAAGCUGGGAUUGACUAUGAAGCUGGAGGAGCUUGAGGUUGACCGGGAGAUCAGGAACACCCGGAGACACACGCCAAGCGGAAAUGGACGCGGUCGUGGCCGGCUACCGCAACAGACGAACCGUCCUCACGCCGGAAGAGAGUUUAUGUAGAAGAUGAAGAAGAUGUGGAGCAAGAUAUUCUGAGAGAGGAGAAAAUUUUUAAUCGAUAUUACCGGACAUAUUAUUAAUCCAGCCAUCCUCAGCCGAGUCGAGGACCGAUCUUGACUAUUUUUCUUUAUUUUCUGUCUUUCUAUAUUUUUAUCAUCUCCAUAUCGACGAUAUCUGCUCCAUAAUGCCAUCGGCACUUCUUCUAGUUCGUUGUCUACUUACCCGAAAUUUAUUCCGUGCGUAUACUUUCCUCAUAGUCAUUCUGUCUUUGGUCGUUAUUCAUUGACCCGGAGGGUGCGCGACGAUUCCCACGUGUCACGACACCGUCCUCGUCGCCGCGGAGAACCUUCACGGAACGAUACUAAAGAAUCGCGAAUAAAACUCAAAUUCAAAGGCGUGACAAUAGAUAGAUAGAAGCUCUGAAGCUUUGCGUCUCCGUCAUUGUCUCCGUUCAACACUGCCGUUAAUGGGGGAAUCGGCGCUUGCCGUCGUGACGUACAACCGUACCGUCUCAGCUUCUGUGACAAUAGAGAAAAGCUGAGUCUUAUCGUCGAACUUAGAUGGAUUCUUAAUCUUUGUAUAUGUAACUUAUAGAUAUUAUUAUUUUUAUUAUCUUGACAUCGCUCAGUUCGAUCCUCGACAAAAUGGGGAAGAAAAAAGAAACGGAAAACGUAAAAGAUAAAAGUAUAGGUCCACCAGGUAAAAGAGUUCAGGGGACCCUUUUAGCUUAAAAGUCAUAAAAAAUUUGCCCCUCUUGAAAAGCUAUUUCACGCGUGGACAGACUGUACGGUCGAUCACAUUCACGACCACGUCUCGCGCAUUAUCUUAUGUACCGUUUUAUGUAUCUCAAAGGUAGCGGUGUUUACAAUGAGAGAUGAUUGGUUAAUUCUUAUGUCGCAUAAAAGAUAAGAGACAAUGUCAAUCGCGAGGAAGAGAUUAGCCUUUAUAAUCAAAGUAGAAAUUUGAUUGAUUUAUCGAUCCAAUUCACGUAUUUCCGAUUAGUAUUCGAGGUUGCAGACGGCACUCGAGGAUAAAACGAAUUUUAGAAAAUUCCUAGCCCAUCUCUGGUCGACGCAUUUUACAAAUCUGCGUUUAUAAAGAAAUUUUUUCCUUCGUUUCAUUAGAUUGAUAUCUUCAAAUCCUUUUUAGCCAUAGUUCGAUACAAGUAUAUAAUAUAAAUACUAUACGCAGAGAAGUAUAUACAGACGCGCACGCCCACACACGUAGUGUGAUUGGUAUCUCGACCGGAAGUGACGAAGGGUACAGACAAUAUUUCCCUUUCGCAACCCGUUUCGUUUUCUCGUCUCCAACGUAGCCCAAAGAAAGAAGGAAAAGAAAAAAAAGAACAGUCCAUUAUCCGUCAGACAUUACACGAAGUAUGGCAGCUAUUGUAAUAACUCGACUGUGUAUUAAUUAACUUUUAAUUAUUUAACUCGCAAUUAUUAAUCAUUAGAUAUUUUAUUCGUUUAAGUUAAUCUAUACAAUUGAAUAUGUUGAGGAUUCGCUCUGUCGCGAAAUCUGUCAACGGCCAGGUGUAGCUACCGGGUAUCACGACUGGCGAAUACGCAAUCAACUCGGCAGCUAUCAGGGCAGCGUUCUGUAUACCGGAAAUGCAUUUACCCGCGUAGCCAACGAACGUUUUUAUUGAAAUAUUCAAAUAUUCACUGUUUCUCUAUGUUAAAGAGAACUUCAAUGGCGCCAUUACGAUUUCUAGAAGUACCAGAACGGAUUCCUUGCGACACUUUAUACGGUCUCGUAAAAUUCUUUUAUCUUAUUUAUAUCGUUUCUUUUUCUUUGUCUACUACUGUUUUCUCUCUUUUUUUUUGGUUUCGUUUUGUACUUUUUACUCUAUCGCGUUCGUCAUUCGCAGCUCACCGAUUGCGCAGGCGUUAAUGAGAUUUUAUUUAAACGCGCGCCAUAGUGACACGUAAAUAUUUCCGCUAUAUACUUCCUCCUACCUUCUUUCUUUAAUAUAUAUACAUAUACAUAUUAUAUAUAUUAACGUUAACCGAUCGACGGUGUUUUUUCACGUUUGUUGUUAGUGUCGUUGGGUGAUCGCGGUCGAUUAAUUAAGGAGGUCCUGUCGAAACUACCUACUUGAAUUUUCACGUCUCAAACUUUUAUAGGUUAUAAACUAAACAAUUCUGAACUCAAUUGCAAAAUUUGAACCGACGAAAAUGUUAAGAAAAGCAAUAUUAAGAACGAAACUUUAUACAUGGACUCAAAGGUCACAGAGAUUGAAUUUCGACUUUCGAUGAGAAACUAACAUUUAAAGUGAACUUUGAAGGUAAAAAUGGUAUACUACGGAUUCAUAAAUUCUUCAGGAUUCGAUACAUACCAUAAAAAAGUGACCUUACCGGAUAUUUCAAAGAGUAAUUGCAAAUCAAAUUGCCGGAUCUCCAUUGAUUCACCGGAAGAGACCCAAUAAACAAAUAAAUAAAAGUCAAAUGAGAGUAUGAUUUUUAAAUAUAUUUGUACAAAUGAGCUAAUUUCACAAAGAUAAAAGCCUACAAACAAAUUUCUAUAUUUAAUGUGAAUAAUUUUGUAUAAAGUUCGGUUGGUUUUAAUCGAUUUAUGAAAUUGAUUCAAUAGUUGAUCAGUUGACUAGCAUGCAUCGAUAGGACCUCCUUAAUACCGCAGGAGAAUGGUGUGCUCAUUACCAGUAUAGUGGUUGUCGCGACUCGUUUUUAACAGGAGUUUACUAUUAUUAAUAUUAUUAUUAUUAUUAUUAUUAUUAUUAUUAUAUUUGAUUAUUAUUAUAUUACAAUAAUUAUAGCUAUUACCAUAUUAAUAUUAUUAAUCAACUUAGAUUAUCGUCGCCAUUUAUUACCAGCUUUUAUGGCGACGCGAAAAAAAAACAGAAAAGAACAAGAGAAAAAGAACCACAGCGAUGUGUACCUAAAGAGAGAGAGAGAGAGAGAGAGAGAGAGAGAGAGAUGAGAAUUUUCAUUAUUGAUCGCUCAUAGUUUAUCAAUCGAUCGAAUUGUCGCUAUUAUAUUUUUACUGUAUCGAUUAUAUUGUCUCGCCUGUGUCUGUCGCGUUGAAGUCUCUGAUCUGGCCUAAAUGCUUCGUGAAGCGACAAUUAUAGUAACAGAAGAAAAAAAAAGAAGUAAAAGUCGUAAAUAACAGUGAUCCUACCCUUAUCCUCACUACCUUUCCUACGAUAUCCUCCAUUUCCCAUUAUCCAUCUACGUCCUGUCCAUUACUUCUUUACGGUGAAUUCCAAGCCCCGAAAAAAGGAUGCUUGACGGCAAUUAUCAAUCGUUUAUUACUGAUUUUACGUAUCGACGACUAAUCGUCGAUUAAUCAAUGACGUAUAUUGUAAGGCGCUUAGACACAGGCGAGGUAGCCCACUUUGUGUCCAUGAACCGAGCCAGCCUCAGACCACCGUCCCUUCCUUCCUUCUCGCAGCAUCCUGAGGAAACAUAAUAUCAGAAUGUAACGACAAAGCGAACAUAAAAAAUGUUUGUGCAUGUUUAUUUUUUUUGAAUUUUCUCUUGUCACUACCUCGUUCGGUCGGUAACAAAGGGUACGGCCUGAGGGUACCACUUGAUCCUGACAGCUGUCAACCAAUCGUUGAACCGUUGGUGCAUUAAAGCCGAAUUCAUGACGUAGUUUUGGCGCGUGUCUAUUUCCGGAAAAAAAAGUUGUUUUUUCAAGUUUAACACAUUGCCGUCCGCGCCAUGGCGUUUUUUGCGCGUACUGUACACACGUGGAGUGGUUAUGUUUUUGUUAGUGGUUGAAAGGGAAAAAAAGAGGAAGAAAGAAUAACACGUCAGUCUCUGUUCUUUUGUUCUCUGAUGACCCAAUUUUCUUUUAAUUAAUUGCUCGAAUAAUUAACCCUGCUCCAAUGAACUUUGAUCUUCCCACGUGGACGUACAGUACCCUCGCGCACCCAGGAGUGCCGGUUACUCUACAAUCCAAAGCCAAUCGGAAUCCAAUCUGUCCUCGGUAACCAUAACUUGGCGUCCUCUACAAAGUUCCUCUAUGCAUGUUGCUCUUUUACUUUUCUGCUCGAAAAAUUGCGCGCACGUAUCAUUUUCUUUUUUUUUUUUAUUGAAAUUAUUACGUUAGACAUACGUAACGAACGUUGUUACGAUUAUAUUGACUAUUCGAGGUCUCUUGUUAAAUUAUAUAUAUAUAAAAAGAAAGGUAACCUCCAAUAAUUGCGUCCCUUUUAGCAGUGUCCUCAGGGUGUUCUGCGUUCGGUUUAGACUAUAACUAUAUAGGGUUAAAUAAUAAUAAUAAUAAUGCGAAACGAUGACUAACGAUAAAAAUACAUACAUCCAUACAUACACGUACGUAUACAUAUUAUAUAUUAUAUAUAUAUGUGUAUACAUUUAAUCGUAAUAUUGAAUCGUAUAGAGAAGCAGGAAUUAUUAUUGGGAUUAUUAUUAUAAUUAUUAUUAUUAGGAGUUUAAUACCUGUAACGUGUGUCUUUAAAUUGCCGCUGAGAUGCGCGUGUUUGUGUGUGUGUGUGUGUGUGUGUGUUGAAAUUUGGAUUUAAUGAGGAGUCCGGGGACUCGUUCAAAAUAUGAUUAUUAAUUAUU